AUACUUACUUUUCUUUUUUAUAACGACACACACCUGGCUCACAAUGGCGUCCCAGCAACAACCUACUAUAUCGAUCUCGGCCUCGCCGCAUGAAGACCCCGAGAGGAUGCGCAAGGUGAUGAACACACAUAUCGAAAAGGUGUUUGGGGAAUCCGAUGCUGCAGCCCGCGGCAAGACAAUGGAGCCGCUCUAUCACGAAGAUGUCACUUGGUUCCAACCCGGCGAAUAUUCCGGCGAACAUGCCAUCAUUCGCGGCAGGGAUAAUGUAAAUGCGACUAUUCAAAAGGAACAGGAUCAAUUCCCCGGAUUUUACAUUACGCACGACGACGAAGGGUACAUCGCCGUCACCCAAAACCUAGGCAUUGUGCACUGGAAGUUGGGACCGCGCGAGCAGCCCGACAUGAUCAAGGCUUGCCAUUAUAUUCUAUUUGAGGAUGGGAAAGUCAAGGCAUUUUGGACUGCGCAUCUGAAAAUGCCUGAGGGGCCGCCGUCUUAGUUCAUGGGAAACAUUCUGAUUGUGUAUUUCUUGGCCACACGAUCACCAGACACCUGUGGAGGACUUCAGCGUAUCCAUUGCAAAGUAUUACCCGUUGUGCCAUCACGGGGUAGCAUGGAACAGCCGUGGAUUAAGCACCCGUAGAUCUGAUCAAGAAUAGUG